AUGCGAUCUUUCGUUCCUUUUCUGUUUGUGGCGAUUGCCUCAUACACUAGCGCUAAUAACUAUGUACGAGUGUGCUAUCACACAAACUGGUCUCAAUACCGUCCAGGUAUUGGAAAGUUCUUUCCUGAAAACAUUGAUCCUUUUCUGUGUACCCAUCUAAUGUACGCGUUUGCAAAAAUCGAUCGAAACACCAACAAACUGGCCAUGUUCGAGUGGAAUGAUGACCAGUUAUACCCCAGGUUCAACGCCUUAAAGAAUAAAAACCCUGAGCUGCGAACGUUGCUAGCAGUAGGAGGAUGGAACCACGAGAAC